AUGCAUCCGGAUCUGUCGUCGCAUUUGCACGGUGCUGAGUGUAACGAACUCAUAGCUGCGCUGAAGAAAUGUCACGCUGAUAAUAAAUUCAAGAAAUUCGUGGGGGCGUGUAAUUCAGUGGAUGCAGCGCUCACAAAAUGUCUGAAACGAGAAUUGGAGUCGAAUCGGUUGAAAAACAACAAAAAAGCUAGAGAACGACAAGCGGAGUCGCAACGAAGGAUGGCUGCAGAAUCUUAG